GUCUCUCUCUCUCUCUCUCUCUUCUCCUGUCCCUUCACUCCCUGUCUCUACUUGACAAGAACAGAAGAUUGCUUUUCACCAUGAGGCAGCUCUUGUGCUGCUGCUUCCUACAACGUCUACCUUUCUUCGUUCUCCCUCUCUCUGCCCCGUCCUCUUUCCCUUCAUCCAUGGGCUGAUUGAACAAGAGGAGUUUCCGAGCUUGAACGGGACAGAUUAGCCCCAAGGAGGGGGUUGCAGAAGAACAGAAGGGGGGUGACAUCUCAGGGGAGACGCUUCUUUUCUCUUGCCUCAGCAGGGCAGGGAGAAAGAAAGACAAGAAAGGGAGAGGCAGCGUGCUCUUUUCAAUGCAGAGGAGCUUUUUUCUUUCCUUGGGUUUCCUUUUAUUCGCCCUGCUUUGUUUCUUCAUUCCCCGUUGUCCCGAGUGCGGGGACAAAAGUGAACUACGGCGGACAGGACUUGCACAACACUGGAUCCUUUGGAAAAAAGGUUCUUAUUGCUUUGAACGGGAAGCAUCUACUCAUUCCUGGAAAAAGAAAGGCUUGUGUGAAGCUAGCAUUUGCUGACCAGAUUCAGUGGACACCAUCCUGACACUUUGACGCUUUGAUGAGGUAACAGUCAACCAAUUUGCCCAACAUCCCACUGAGGAACCAUGGGCCAGAAGAUUUCAGGAAGCAUCAAGUCGGUGGACGUGAGAGGCGAGCCAUCCUACCGCCCCUUACGGAGAGAACUCCGAGGUCCAGAUUUCUUCAAGCCAGCCAGGCUCGACCUGCUGCUGGAUAUGCCAGCAGUGUCCUCCGAGCAUCAGCUGCAGCAUGCAUGGAACCCAGAUGAUCGCUCUCUCAAUAUCUUCAUCAAGGAAGAUGACAAGCUGACUUUCCACCGCCACCCGGUGGCCCAGAGCACGGAUUGCAUCCGAGGGCGAGUGGGCUAUACGCGUGGCCUUCACGUUUGGCGCAUCCAUUGGCCCGCCCGGCAGCGGGGUACCCAUGCCGUAGUGGGUGUGGCCACAUCAGAGGCUCCUCUCCAUUCGGUGGGAUACACCUCUCUGGUAGGUAGUGACAGUGAUUCCUGGGGCUGGGACCUGGGCCGCAACAAGCUCUACCACAACAGCAAAAACCAACCAGCUUCAUCGGCACCCACCUACCCCAGCUUCCUGGAGCCUGAGGAAGCCUUUGUGCUCCCUGACACCCUGGUGGUGGUGCUGGAUAUGGACGAGGGGACACUUAGUUUCAUGGUGGAUGGACAGUACCUUGGAGUGGCCUUCAGGGGGCUCAAGGGAAAGAAGCUGUAUCCCAUCGUUAGUGCAGUAUGGGGACACUGUGAGAUCACCAUGCGCUACAUCAAUGGCUUGGAUCCUGAGCCCCUGCCUCUGAUGGACCUGUGCAGGAGAGCAGCGCGUCUAGCUCUGGGCCGUGACCGACUGCAGCAGAUCGAGACCUUGCCUUUACCCCAAUCUCUAAAAAAUUACCUCCAAUACCAAUGAUGUGGACGGAUCCAGCAACACACAGAUUCACAAAGCGCAAGCCUCGAGGUGCGGCGACUCUAGCGCCAACAACAGGGCGAAUGUUUACACUACAACACACUCUGUGGCUCCUACCAGAGAUGUUCUGUUCCUUCCACCAUUUCUCUUUUUUUAACGUUUUAACUUUUUGGAUGGUAUGUUGAGAUGGACUGUGAGGUUGGAGUGUAAGGAUGCCACAGCGCCCUCCACUGGUAGUCUCUCCCUGAAUGUUAGGGCUUGGCAUAAAAAUAAAAAAAAUGCUACACAACCUUGGGAAUGCUCGUUCGAGGCUCACAGCGAUGCUUAAACAUUCCAGAAGGAAACCAAGCACCUUAGAGGCCAGACUCUGGAGCUGGAGCUGGAGCGGUAUCCGGUUUCUAGCAGGUCUUUCCUGUGCACAAGGGCGACCGCUACCUACAUCAAGACCCGAUUCAUGAGACUCGUCAAGAAGUGCACUAAUACAGCACAAACACUCCAAGCAAACAUUUUUCCCCCAAAUCUAAUUUGAGUCUCUUUUCUAUUCCUGAGUGUGUACCUUAAUUAUUAAGGUGAGUGUGAUUUUUUUCCCCCCCAAGGUUGAUUUUAUGACUAUUAUGAUACAGAUCCUGUAACAAGUUUAGUGCUAUGUUUUAUUUUAUUUAUCUGGAUGUAAUUCCUUUUUAUUGAAUAUGAGAUUGUGCAUACUAGCACAUGGACAUGAUAAAUCCAUCCCAAAUGGCUUUUUAUUUGAAACCAGGAUGCUGCUUUUUUUCUAUUAUUAUUAUUAUUAUUAUUAUUAUUAAUAUGAUUAUUAUUAUUAUUGAUGCUGGUUUGUCUGCCUGAUCAAACUGGAGAUCUGCAGUAAACAGUGGAAUGUAAGGACACCGCUAAACAUUAGUAUAUUUAAAAUGUGAAUAAAAUCCAAGUGAAUGAGAA